CGGCGGAGCAAGACGGAACGAGUCGGUGACGAUCCGACUAUCCGACAUUUCGGAUAUUCGGAAAGGAGCGAGUGGGAACGAGCCGCGACUGCCGCGAGGCGACACAGACGCACUCGCUGUCAGCGCGAGAGCAAAGCGCGGUGGAAUGAGAGCCGCCGCGCGGAUUUUAACACUGACGUAUCGAUAAAAUCUCCACUACAAAUUCGUCCGAUCCCUCGACGGUGCCGACGGUGCCGACGACGACUCGGUCCCGACGGGGAUGCGGAAACGUUUGUUUCGCCAGAGGAGCAUCGAGAAAACAACGAGAUGAGCGUGAUAGGAAAAAGGGGACAGCGCGCGACGGGUAUAUUUUCUACGAUGAUGCUGCCGCAGCGACACUGCAAAUAUUGCAGCUAUUAUUAUAGAUAUCACAGAUGUCGUACAUGCGAUUAAUAUCAACAAGUAAUUUCUCGAGAGUGGGUACUAAACACUCCAAAUUUCUUUACUUGGUAUAAUGGCUUACGAUUCACGUAACGUGAAAUGUCCACCAAACACCCCGCAGCGGCCUAACGUGGUUGGAUACAGUUAUUCUGGCCAUCCACCGCAGCAUUUCCAGCAAACCGAUGAAAAUCGGAAUGAAAACAAUUUGCGCAGCAGCAAAGAACUUGGUCCACAAAUCUCACAGCAGUCAUCCAGCACGCAGACUGUGCAGAAAGUAGACGCUGCGACUAUGACGGAUCCCCUGCAAAUUGAUUUUAGGCUUUCCGAAUGUCUGGCACGUUGCUCCAGUACGUUAGGUUUACCAUACGCGACUAAAUAUGAGGACUGUGGUACAAAUUCUACGUAUCAAGAAGUAAGAGCAAAAAUCGAAUUUGAUAUCGAACCGCAGCAUAUUAACGGUAUGUUGGUUUACCAUUGCCCCGAGUGUGCAUAUAGAUUUGACGAUCGGGAGGCGCUUCACGAACAUCUUGAAGAUCACAAACAGAGACCACAUAUCUGUGAUAUUUGCGGGGCAAGUUUAAAACGAAAGGAACACUUGGAUCGUCAUAAGCAAGGUCAUAAUAAAGAUAGACCGUAUCAAUGUAACAUGUGUUGUAAAGCGUUUAAACGUAACGAGCACUUGGCACGUCAUAUGAUUACUCACUCAGGUAGCAAAAAUCAAAUUUGUACCGAAUGUGGCAAAGCUUUUUAUAGAAAAGAUCACUUGAAGAAACAUUUGCAAAGUCAUAAUAGCAGUCGAGGCAAACACUUGAACAUUUCACAUAACAAUCCCAACCAUCAGCAGCCAAGCGACCAAGGAUUGAGUAGUUUUGCUAUGAUGAUGAGGCAAUCUGGCCCUCCCGCACUUUCAAUUUUACGGACAUAGUUAUUACGCUAGAUUACGUAACGUGCGUUCAUAUCCCCGUCAACAAGUCAUUUUUACUUUACUAUUUAGAUAAUUUUACUCUAUAAGCUUUAAUACGCGAAUGAGCCUUACUCCAACAUACUCAACUUUGCGCGCGACAAGUACUUUCCUAGAGAAUUUGUUAUCGAUAUGAAAACCCAUGUUCCUAAGGGAGUAUACCUUAUUGCUGUGUAUUUUGUCAACAGGUAGAUAAGAUUACGAUAAUGUUAUAUACUGUUU